GGAAAGUAUAUGGUUGUGUUUGACCCUCUGGAUGGGUCAUCAAAUAUUGAUUGCCUUGUGUCUAUUGGUACAAUAUUUGGAAUUUACAGAUAUGAAGGUCAAGGCGAACCAAAAGAACAAGAUGUCCUUUUGCCAGGUAACAAGCUAGUUUGUGCUGGAUAUGCCCUGUAUGGAAGUGCUACAGCCAUUGUUUUAUCUACUGGAAAUGGUGUCAACUCAUUUAUGUUAGAUCCUGCUAUUGGAGAAUUUUUACUGACUCAGCGAAACCUAAAGAUUCCAGCACGAGGAAAGAUUUACUCUUUAAAUGAAGGGUAUGAGGCUAAUUGGGAUGAACCAACCAAGGAAUAUAUUAAAAGCAAAAAGUACCCACCUGAGGGUAAAAAAGUUUAUGCAGGUAGAUAUAUCGGGUCAAUGGUAGCAGACGUACAUAGAACAUUGCUGUAUGGAGGAAUAUUUAUGUAUCCUGCUACAAAAGAUGCUCCUAAAGGCAAGUUGAGACUGCUGUAUGAAUCUAGCCCGAUGUCUUACAUCAUAGAGCAGGCCGGUGGUCUGGCUACAACAGGUACACAACGCAUCCUUGACCUUCAACCAACAAGUAUACAUGAACGAUGUCCGGUCUAUAUGGGAUCUAAAGAUGAUGUUCAAGAUGUUAUUGAUACCUACAAAAAGCAUGCAAAAUAGACUCAUCAAUGUUUACAGUGAAAACUGUUUAAAAACUCAUAUUUUUUAAGAGUUUGUAUGCUGUUGAUUUUCUUUAAAAUGAUAUACCCAAGUUAAGACUGGUAAACAUUCAAGGAUGUCUUCAUUAUGCGAGUUUAUAUGUGAUGUUUUAUGUAUGCGAGUGUCAUGUUUGUCAAAUGUUAAAAAUGUAUGACAUCUAAUUUAAUAUAUAAAAUAGUAUAGAUGAUAAGAGGGAUUUUAUGAUGUCAGUUCCUGAAGUUAAGGUUGUAACAAUGUAAUAUGCCUAUUUUUGGUUGUUUUUUAUCACAUGUUUAUGCAUUACUUUUUUACCAUCAAGUUAAACAAGAAAACCAACUCAUGUACAAUCAGUCUCUAGAUCUUUCAUAUAUACCAUGAUAUUGAUUUUGCACAGUCCAUGUAAGAGGAGGUAAGUUUAAUUAUAACGUGCAUGUAGUACAAUAUUAUCCUUGCUCACCAUCACAUUUUCCUUUCACAUAUUUCUGAAGUAAGGAGCCUAGAUUAUCUUCCAUUUUGUUCAAAUUUAGACUCUGGUCUGAUAAUUGACUUACAUCUGAGAGUGUUUACUUAUAUAAGGAAGUAAUAGUGGUAAAAAAAGAUGGAUGAAAUUUAAAUCUAUGAAAAUAUCAUAUUGUGCAUUUAAAAUUGGAAAUACUUAAAAGUAGAUCAUUUUCUGUUAUAUUGUGUUUAAAAACAUCAAGUUUUACAUAUAAAGAAUCCCCCUCAUUUGUUUAUUUCAAGACAUAGAAAUAAACUUGAUUCAAGUUUAAUAACUUUGUCUACCAUAUUUAUGAAGUGAUCUCCCCUUUCGAAUCUGAGUAAAUGAACCUUUAUUGCAAAUUGGUUACUGUGGUAUCUGUGUAUAACAAACCUAAAACAGAUUCUUGUGAUGUGAUGUACUUUAUAUGAUUUAUUGUUUGGUUCCUUAAAGUUGAAAAAAUAACACCAAAACUUUUCAGAAUGUUAGUUAUACUUUAUUGUAUUUUGUAUCAGGCAAAAUAAUCGAUGUUUUAGCAUUCCAAUCUUUAUCUUCAACCAGACAGUUUAAUAUUGAUCAUUUUAAUUAUUUGCUAUCACAUGAUAUAGGUUACUCAUGAUGUUAUUGAAUUAAUAUCUUAAUUUCAGUCAACAUUUUGUUAAAAUUUUAGGUCCCUUAGGGAAUCCUCAUCAAAUAAAAUAAUUUUUAACCAAGAGUUAAAACUUUUGUGUGACUGAAAUUAAAUUUGUUAAAAUGUUGAAAACAUUUGAAAGAAAUUAUAUAAAAAGUGCUUGGUAGACUACUGCAAUUUACAAGUUUUUGUCAUUGUUUUUUAUCCGAUUUUGUGCCAUACAUGUAUAAUAAAAUAUGCUAAUCAGAGGUUAUUAAUUUGUUUACUGUAAAUAUGAUUUAUGUCUCACAGAGAACUGAGAAAAUUGUAAUAUUUUACAUGAGCAAGUAGUACAAAUGUUGAUAAUUACUCAGAGAAAUGUUAGAUAUAUGUCAUAUUCAACAUAAACAAAAUUUCUUGUAUGUUUUAUGCCUAUUAACUAAGCAGUAUUUUUUAUGAGAGUUUUCAUUGAACCUCAGGAAACAGAUGCACAUAGUCACAAUGUCGGAACUUGAAUGGCUGUGGGAACAAAAGUAAUUAUAGUUUAUUGUCAUAAUUGUAGUGUUUAUAAUUUUAGUGAUGAUAUUUGCCAAAGAAAACAAGACAUAUUUUGUGUGUGCAAAUUUACACAAUCAUAAAAAUUAAUACACAUGCAUGCCAACAAGUUAAGCAAAGUUUUAUCUCUCACAUUGAGAAAGUGUUUCCAAUGAAAAGUAAAUAAAAAUAAAUUAUCUUUGUAGGAAUAAAUAAAUUAUUUGAAGAUAUACUAUGCAAACAUACUGGUGUUGGUUAGUUAUCAGGUAUAAAUACAAUGGUAAAAAGUUA